UCGUUAGAAGUAGGUCAGUUUUCUGUUGGAAUUUCGGUGACAAAAAACAAUACGAUGAAGUUCGUUCUGGUGUUGGGAAUUUUAGCAUUGCUAGCCAUUUCGGUGGAUUCUAGUGCUUCGAUGCACAAUCCGUUUUUCUGCUAUGCAACAGAUCCCAUUCGUUCAAUGACAAAUAUGGGUUCGGUCAUCACAAGUUAUGAAGCUAUUCGUCGAUUCAACUUUACUACCGUCAAUCCGUACAUGUCAACCUGCAGUCCAUCGAGAUUUUGGUAUUUGGGUCGGUACGGAUCUCGUUUACCUGUUGCGGCAACAAUCCAGACAAUGAUAAACUUCGUGGAAUCGUCGAUUCAAGACGACAUCGUCAGUAACUAUGAGGCGGGAAGAACAACUCUUUGCAGAGAAGAUUAUGAAAAUAUUCGUGAUUUUACAAUCGAAUCAGAUUUCGGAGACACUUUCCGAGUAGAAAAUGGAGGCUUGGUUACAGACUCAGGCCGUUUUGCACUGCAGAAUAUUUCCCGUCGUUUUCAAGAGGUCUUUCCAGAUAUUUUAAGCGAGACCUACACACCAGCUCGUUUUCAUUUCCGUCACACAGGCAGUCCACGGACGAACGAAUCGAUUCGUGCCUUUGCUACUGGUCUGUUUGGGGAAGCUGGAGCCGCAAAUGUUAUCUACGAACCUGUACCUGAAGUUGAUUGGCUAUUGAGACCAUUCGACUUUUGUCCAGCUUACAGUGAGGAAACGGCAGAUUGGGAUCGUCAACGAGUUGCCUUUAGAGAUGGGCCUGAGAUACAAGAAAUGAUACAGCAAGUGAAUGCCAAAUUAGGUUUCCAUGCCUCAAAUCAAUUGAAUUUCAAUCAAGUGUUCACUAUGUGGAAUUGGUGCAGAUUCACAGUAGGAGUAACAUUCGAAACAUCUAAUUCAGAAACUGGGGGUAGUUCGGCCUGGUGCGCUCCAUUUUCUGUGAACCAUCAUCUUCUGUUGGAAUACUUCGAGGAUUUAGGUUUCUUUUACUCAAGUGGUUAUGGCGUUCGAAACCAGCGCUUACUAGAAAAUAUGAACUGUGGCGUAUUGCAGGACCUGUUGCGUCAUAUGCAAUCUGAAAAUGAUGCUGAUACUUUGGCUCGAAUUUUCAUGACUUAUACGGAUGAAGUUCAAUCAAUGCUGGUCGCAUUAGGAUCGUUUAGAGACGUUUGGCCAAUUCAUCAACACAAUUUUGCUCAACAAUCGGGCAGGAACUGGUUGACCAGUUUGAUUGCGUCGUUCAGCUCAAACUUGGCGGUCGUUCGUUUCGACUGUGACGAUGAUGACCACGACCUGAUUUUCCUACUGAACGAAAGACCAAUACUUGUUCCAGGAUGUGAUCAACAAACUGGUGUGUGCAAGUUGAGUGUCAUUGUGGAUCGUUUCCAACGUUUUAUUGAUGCCAAUUGUCCAACAUUUUUCUGUAGCAGCGAUUAAGCUUUAUGUUGAAGAAACUGUGGCUUUUAUUCAAUAAAUAUAAUCUACUGUCGGAUCACCGUUAAUGAAAUUUGUAUUUCCUAACAUACCGAAAUGAAUAAAAAAUUCUUCCUCUUCAGCA